AUGUUUUUGGUGUCCGGGUCACUACAAAAAGGUCGCGCCCAGCAGGAUCUGGUCCAGAGUUUCGUAAUGUCUGUGUGCGGAUUGAUAUGUGCUCUGCUUCUCAUGUGUUGCCAGUUGGCUGCUGGCCGGCUCUUAGCCACAUCCAAUCGCACAGAGAUGGGGGAGAAGCUGAAGCAAUUGCUUGUCGAAGUGAGCCUAGAGAAACCUUUCAACACGGCGCUUGUAUAUGGAAAGGAUUGCGUAUUUUUGCCAUUGCUCAAGAACUUUGAUGUCGCAUUGGUUAUUGUGACUGAAGGCACCACCAAUUUCGACUGGGACUUCCCGAGCCUAACCUUGAUACUCGCAUGUGGCUGGGAUGCAGAUAGGGAGCAGAAUUCCCGCACUCUAAUCAAACUACAACGGGCUAGACGCUUGAUUUACAUGGAAAACGAGCGAAUAAAACCUAACGAAGUUUGUGGAACGUUUUUCGCCAAGGAGCAAUACAAUAUAGCCAUGAUAUAUCCGAACUUUGAAGAGACUAGCCUCAUCUAUGGCUGCCGCAACUUUCAGUCACCCAACUAUGUGGAGUUAAAGCUUGAGGAAGGAAGGACGGCAAUUUUCAUCCAGCAGUUCCUGAAUAUGCAGGGCUCUGAUUUGGUAACCGAUGCAGAUCAACUGGCGCCACGUUCCAUGUUAUAUCGGGACCCACACACGGGUGAGACCAAAAUGCUGGGCUACGUAGCCAACACAAUCAACCACUUCGUGCAGAAGGUAAAUGCCACUCUAAAGUUUCGAUCCAAAUCACAGGUUGUGGGUAAGACUAUUUACUAUGGCGACAUUGAAAAAUUGAUAGAGGAGGAUCUCUUGGACAUAGGCACGUCCCUGGGUGUCGUAUUGGGGCGAUCCAACUUGGACAUUCUAACCUAUCCGUAUCUGCUGAAUUCAUAUUGUUUUAUGAUGCCCCUUCCAGCCAAAUUGCCAUACAAUCAAAUCUAUAUGGUCAUAGUGGAUCCCUUGGUGCUGGGCAUCAUUUUUAUAUUAUUUUGCUCAUUCUCACUGCUUCUAAUCUACGGCCAGGCAACGUCCUGGAAGGGACUGACUUUAAGCCAAGUCCUGUUAAAUGACAAGAGUCUUCGCGGUCUGUUGGGCCAGUCGUUUCCUUGGCCGACGAGCUUCAGUAAAAAGCUGAAACUGAUUUGCAUGCUCCUCUGUUUCGCCAGUGUAAUGAUGACCACCAUGUAUGAGGCCUAUUUGCAAUCCUUUUUCACCCGGCCCCCGCCAGAGCCGUUCCUGCGCACUUUGGAAGAUGUGGAUAGCUCACGAUAUUUGAUUGUGAUUACCAAAAAAGAGGCUGAUCGAUUCUCAUUCCACAACAAUCCAAGCUCGAACAGAGCUCGCACCAAAAUUGUGGACAAUUGGAGUGACUUCCUUCAACUGCGCGACACCUUCAAUGCCAGUUACAUUUACCCCGUGUCCGAAGUGCGUUGGCGCACGUAUAAGGAACAGCAGAAACUGUUCGAGGAGCCCUCGUUCUAUUAUUCGGACGACAUAUGCCUCAGUCGCAUGCUCUUCCUCUGCAUCCCAGUCCGGCAAUAUCUGCCCUAUCGAGAUCUAUUCCAAGAGCACAUUCAGAGGCAACAGGAAUUCGGCUUGACCACCUUUUGGAUAGAUAGGAGCUUCUACGACAUGGUGCGCCUUCGAUUGACCCCUCUAGAGGAUUUCAGUCGUCCUCAAGUCGCUGCCGAAGCCAUUGAACUAAUCGAUUUGUCCUGGAUACUAGAACUGUAUGUCCUGGCAUUGGUUUUGAGUUGCUGUUUCUUUGCCCUGGAACUAUGUAGGGGCAAGAAAAGCAGUCAAAAGAGGAUCACAUGGAACACAAUUCUGAAUUGGCAUAAUCGAAACUAAAAUCCUUUCAACAUUUAAUUUUUCCGUCGUGCACGCGAAUAAAAUCAGUUAUAAAAAAAUAUUGAAGCACAGCGAAGAAAUUAGAAAUUUAAUCCAAUCCAAUAAAGAAUAAACCUCAAUGGUUCCUCAAUUUACU